AUGAAAUUUCUCUUUCUUUCUACUCCAUACUUGGAGGAUCCGCGUACCACAUUCUUUAGGCAAUGUUGCAUUGGUUCCGAUUGCUUCAGUGGCGCUCCAUUGUACCUUCCAUGCAGCAUCCCAAACGACCUCGAGCUCAAAGCCAUCCUCAGCAAAUACCACGCUUGGGUGCACUACUUCGUUGGUACCCCCAACAAUCCGCAGGACCUGGCACGUGUGAACCUGCGUGACGCACGAGCCGCAAUCGUCCUGGCAACGCCAAGUUCCAGUCGGAGCGAAGAGGAGGACGGGGCCAAUAUAAUGCAGGCGAUCACAUUGAAGGCACAACGCGAACGACUUCGUGUGAUGGUCCAGUUGCACCACUUCAGAAACAAGGUAGGCAGCGCAGACUCGAGUAGACCGUAUUGA